UAUGUACGUAUAUCUAACCAAUCCGGCCUGGCGAUCACGUUAUUUACGCAUCCAUCCUACCGUAUAAUAUAUAUACUUCAUAGUAUAUGCUAUGCUAUCCGCUUAGCUUUUUUGUCACACCUCUCCCUAUCUUCCGUUUCAUAUAUAUGAAGUAGUUAUUAUGACACCACGCCGCCGUCUAAGUUUUAGCAAUAAGCCAGCCAAUGCUGUUGUCAUAUGCAUGUUUCUUUCGAUAUUCAAAUAACAAUAUACAUUGCACUUUAAUUUAAAAUGCAUCAUAUAUAUCACGCAUUCGUGUGUAUGCAUCUCGAUCUAAUGAUGAACAGUUUUAAUAAUUUGAAGAAGCUAGACUUAAAAUCUUCUAUUUUGAUUGAGAAUAUUAUCGGAAAUAGGAUUAAAAAAGGUUUGAAAAUUCCAAAAUAGGAAUGUCAUGUUUUUUAUUCCCAAAAUAGGACUAAUUACUGCCAUGUUUUGGCAGUAACAGACUUCAAACAUGAUAGUAUUUUCUAACUUGACAAUACUUACUCCUAUUUUGGAAAUAAAAAACACGAGAGUCCUAUUUUGGAAUCUUUAUCUUUAUAUAAUAUAAAGUAACAGUGGGUGCACAAUUGUUGGAGGAAAAAAUUCCGCCCAAAAUAAGGGCAAAAUAGGGAAUUAAUGAAAAAAUAAAUUUGGUAAUUAAUUGUAUUAAGUGAAAGGUAGGAAAGAAAUAUAUUAUGCAUUGAUCAAGCAUGAUAUUUACACGAAUAUUUAGAGGAAUGUUGCCAUAUAUGCUCAGCUCGCUAUAUUUAUGAUGCCCACCUAAUAGCAUAUGAAUUUUUCCAUAAAAGUUCUUUUAAAAAUUAUUACCUUAUUUCUUCUAUAAAUAAAUAAUGAAUAUAUCUACAUUAAAUAGACUAUAUUACGUAUAACGUCUUUGAACAAAGAGUUCUAAAAUUAUUAUGAUCCACUUUUUAAUUAUGAUGCCAUUUGUAAUGAUAAUAUCUGUAUAUGAUUAUUGCCAUAAAAAGUUUUGCUUUAAAGUAAUCCUGCAAUAUUAUCUUAUCUUCUAUAAAUAACUAAAUAUAUACCUGUUACAAAUUGUAAUAUAAAAAAGUUGUUAAUUUUUUUUAUCGUUAUUUAUCAAUUGCAAAGUAUAUAGUAAGAAGCAAUCAUUAUUAUACAUUACGGAGUAUUUAAUUAAGAAAAUACGAAAGAAAACAAAGUUGAUCCCAACUUUGGUAACUAAUUGCACAUUAAAUAAGAAUAUGAAAAUUAUAUGUUAAUCUAUCAUGCUCAUUCUAAAAUAAAUAAUGUUAGGGUCCUAAUAUUGAAAUGAGUUUUCUCUUCCAAUAAAAUUUCUCUCCCAUUAAAUAGUGGUAAUAUGAAAGUAAAAGGGUGAAGAUAUAACUUUCGUAAGAUAUUAUUUUCUUUCAAAUUUAAUACGACAUGUAUUAAAAUGAAAACUAUGUAAAUUAAAAAGUUUUACUACGUAGUUCAGUAGGUCCAAAGUAUACGUAAGAUAGGUCCAAAGUUUUUCAGUAGUAUACUGUAUACGUAAUUUUUAAUUUACUUUUGAGGUCUGUAAGUUUUAAUCGACGAUUAAUCUAAAUGUUAUGUUGGGAGAGACGAACUUGGCUUUAACACAAAUCAGGUCUCAUAGUACAAAGUCGGGGCAUUUACUAUGGCCUUAUCCCUCAGAUUAAUAUCUUUAAUUUAAUACGACAUGUAUUAAAAUGAAAACUAUGUAAUUGAGCAUCACGUACAAUGGAGUAAGAGCAUCUCCGAUGCUACAAUGUGCACGGUGCACAUGUGGCAAUGAGAGAUAGACACAAAUGAUUAAAUUUUCGGCUUUCUCUUUCCUUUCCACGAUCUUAUAUGUUUUUGGUAAGUUUUUCUUAACAAUGUCAAUCACAAUGUUUAGAUGAGAUAUUCUAUUUGUUAUUUUUAAUUGGCUAUUUCUCAUGCCACGUAUGCACAGUUCACAUUUUUGCAUUGGAGAUGCUAUAAGACUAUAAGACGAAUGUCAUGAUAAGAUAGGAAAAAUUGCAUUUUUGCUCCCUCAAUUAAUUAGUUGUCGUAUUGAUCGAAAGUUCAGACUCGUAUUUCUGAGAUUGUAAAUGACAACCUCAAUUGACUAAUGUGUUGUAAAUGACAUACUUGUCAUUUGUAAUCCAACCAACAUCGUCUACUCUUCUAUUUUAGCAGAAUUAUCUACAGAGUCAUCUAACAAAUUUAGAGACCAUGUUCUAAACACUAAAAUGGGGCUCACAUAAGAAUUAAAAUCACAUACAAAUAAUAAAAAACCCACAAAGUUCAACAAAAUUAACAAUGUCAAUAACAAAAGUGAAAGAAGGCCAAAUUAGCAAAUACUCCCUCCGUCUCUAAAUGUUUGUCACACUUUGACUUCACAAGUUUUAAGGAGAUGAAUUUGACUUCACACUGUAGCGACACUGUUUCACACUGUAGCGGCACUGUUUGGCACUAUUUGGCACUGUUUGCACUGUUUGACACUGUUUGGUAUAGAUUUGUUUACCAAAUAAGGAAGUUUAAAAAGUAUGACAAACAUUUUGGGACAUCCGUUUCGGGAAAGUGUGACAAACAUUUAGGGACGGAGGGAGUAUGUCGCACAACGUGCAGGAUUGGACAUGGUCGUGGUCGUAGACUCCUAGUUCCAUAAAAUUUCAUAGUCCAACACGUAAUUAGAAUUCUAAUAUGCAAUAAUCCACAGGGAGAUUUGCAAUUUUAGUCACGUAACUUUCGGCUGUUAUCGUUUUCGGUCAUGUAACUUUAAGUACUUGCAAAUUUGGUCCUGUAACUAAUAAAUCUUUGUAAUUUAAGGACUUGUCACCGGAAAGUACACUUUCCGGCAGAAAAGUCCGACGCCGGCGACAUCUUUUCCGGUAUGCUAUUGUAGGUAUCUUCCACCUUCUUUCUUGGAAGUUGCCAAGAGACACCUUAACAUGGAGGCACCUUCUUGGAAAGAGCUCUCCAACAAAUAGGUGUGGGGGAAGAUAUGGAGAUAACUAGGAAGCUUGGAUGCAACUUCCUCAUGUCUCCAAACCAGCCCUAUAAAUAGAGUGCUCCAUUGUUGUUCAUAGUAUCAGUUUAGAAAGUGAGAAAAGUGUGUGAAGAGUGAAAUACACUUAGUGUAGAAGUGUAUUGGUGAGGAUUGGUUUUUUGUAAUAGUUGAGUGUGAGAGUUUGCUCCUCCUAUUGUAAUUCUGUUCUUGAUAUUGAAUAGAAGAAUUUUCCAAUCCCAACAAGUGGUAUCAGAGCCAGGUUGAGUUUCCAUACACUGCUUUCUCAUUUUCAGAUAAAUUUCUACAAGUUAGAAAAUCGUGAUUUUUCAAGUUGCUCGGAAUCAGCAUCUGAUCAUACCGUUAGAUUCGUCUCGGCGAGACGAGAAAUCUGGUAUUUUUGGGGAUUUUUUUGGCCACCGGAAGAGGCCGUACGCGCUGCCGGAAAACUGCCUGCAUCAUCACUGCGUCAUCACGCAGUCCAGAGGAAGAAGACGAUCCACGCCAGCUGCCACGUCAUCGCCACGUUGGACCACGUCAGUGACACGUGGUGCCGAGUCAUCCGCCACGUCAUCCACCCGAGCCGUCCGCUGUGAGCCACGUGAGACGCCACGUGGCUACACGUCAUCGCCACGUCAGCGAGGGAGCAGAGCCACGUCAUUCGCCUGCUGGGCUGCAGGCUGGGCUGCUGCCUGAACCGGACCGAACCGGUUCGUGCUUUUGGAGGCCGGUUCACCCGUUUCCAGACCAGUUUUGGACGAGGUCAGACCGGUUCUUACCAUUUUCGGCCAUUCCGGAUCCAACGGUGAGCUCCGUUUGUCCAAAUUCGGCUUCGAAAAUAAGGUACGAGAUAUAUAGAGCGUUUUAUUAUGGAUAAAUCAUCGUCGGACAUCAUGAUUGCGCUCACAUCCACAAACUACAAUAUGUGGAAGCCUCGGAUGGAGGAUUUGCUAAAUUUGAGGGAUUUAGCGGAUCCUCUUGAUAAUAAUGGUGUGAAAUCGGAUAAAAAGACGGAUGAAGAAUGGACAAAUAUGAAUCGAAAAAUUGUCGCAAAAAUUCGACAAUGGAUAGAUCAUAGUGUGUUCCACCAUGUUGCUCAAGAACAAAGUGCUUACACACUAUGGGAGAAGCUUGGUAGCAUGUAUCAAGCAAAAACUGCCCGAAAUAAGACGUUACUAAUGAGGAGAUUAGUAAACCACAAAUUACGUGGGGGUAUUUCAGUGUCAGAACACACCAGUCAAUUCCAGGAUCUUGUGAAUCAGUUGAGCCCCACCGGAUGGGUUCUCAAAGAUGAAGAGCAAGCGAUACUACUCUUGAGCUCUCUACCUGACAGCUGGGAGACUCUUGUUGUCACUCUCAGUAAUUCUGCUCCAAAUGGGAAGGUGACUAUGCAGAUGGUCACAGAUGUCACUCUCAAAGAUGAAGGAAGGAAGCCGGAACGGAACAAUCAUAUGUCCUCAUAUCAGAAACUAACAGACGAGGGGGAGGCAGAAAUGGAGGAAGAAGUCGAGGUCGAGGUAGAGGUCAAGGUCAAAGUAGAGGAAAUUCUCAAGUUCGCGGAAGAUCACAAGAGAGAGGUAUGUCCUUUGAAAACAAUACUUGGUUCGAAGGAUAUUGCAAUUACUGUAGUAAUUAUGGACAUAUGAAAAGAGAUUGUAGAAAGUUUCUACGAGAGAAGCCACAGACGAGUCAAAAUACUAGCCAAGAAGAUGGUGAGACCAUGGUUAGUUUGUCAUCAGACGUGUGUCUUGUUACACAUGGUGAACAAGAAUGUUUACACGUAGGCACUCAUGAUGUUGAGUGGGUGAUUGAUACAGCCGCAUCAUUUCACGCCACUCCACACCAGAACUUAUUCACAACUUAUAAGUCCGGAGACUUUGGAGCUGUGAAGAUGGGAAACACCAGUUUCUCGAAGAUUGUUGGCAUCGGUGAUGUGCACAUAAUAACCAAUGUCGGAUGCGCACUUGUGUUGAAAGAUGUUCGACACGUUCCGGAUCUUAGAUUGAAUCUUAUCUCCGGUACAGCUCUGGAUCAACAAGGAUAUCUUAACCGAUUCAAAGAAGGUACGUGGAAGCUAUCUAAAGGUUCCUUGGUUGUUGUAAGAGACCAUAUUUGUGGCACUCUUUAUAAAACUCAUGCAAAGUUGUGUCAUCUGAGUCUCAAUGCUGUUGAAGAAGAGAUAUCACCAAACUUAUGGCACCGGAGGUUAGGUCACUUGAGCGUGAAGGGAUUGACAACUCUUGCAAAGAAGGAAGUCAUUUCCAUGGGCAAAGGUGUUGCCCUAGAUUCAUGCGAGCACUGUCUAUUUGGGAAACAAUAUAAGGUUUCCUUCAGUUCUACCAAGAAGAACCAUACAGAGUUACUCAGUCUUGUCCACUCUGAUGUAUGUGGACCCAUUGAAGAGGAGUCACUUGGAGGAAGCAGAUACUUCGUGACAUUCAUUGAUGAUGCAUCACGAAAGGUAUGGGCCUACUGUUUAAAUCGUAAGGAUCAAGUGUUUGAUCGAUUCAAAUCAUUUCAUGCCAUGGUAGAAAGAGAAACAGGGAAGAAGCUGAAGUGUCUGCGUUCAGACAAUGGAGGAGAGUACACUUCCCGAGAAUUCUCAGCAUAUUGUGCCGCAUAUGGAAUCAGACAUGAGAAGACGGUUCCACGAACUCCGCAACACAAUGGUGUAGCCGAAAGAAUGAAUCAGACCAUUAUGGAGAAAGUUCGUUGCAUGUUGAGUCUGGCUAAGCUACCUAAGCCAUUUUGGGGUGAAGCUGUGCUGACAGCUUGUUAUCUUAUAAACAGGUCACCUUCUGUUCCUUUAAACUUUGAAGUGCCAGAGAAGAAAUGGUGAGGAAGAGAUGUUUCAUACUCUCACUUAAAAGUGUUCGGGUGCAAGGCAUUUGCACAUGUGUCCAAGGAGUUGAGACAGAAGCUUGAUCUCAAGUCAAACCCAUGUAUCUUCAUCGGAUAUGGAGAUGAAGAAUUCAGAUACCGGUUGUGGGAUCCCGAAGUGAAGAAAGUUAUUCGAAGCAGAGAUGUUGUAUUUCAUGAAAACGAGUUUCAUGGGUGUGCUCCAAUAAUCCGCCAACAACAUACUCCAGAAGACGAAGUGCCUGUAUCAUCAAACAUUCCUCUCAGCGACGAGGAGAUGCAUGAUUCUACUGAACACGAGAGUGAUGGUUCAGCAGGUGAUGAUGAUACUCACAGUGAUGAUAUUCCUCAGCGGGGGGAGCCUUCAUCUGAAGACGAAUCUGAAGGUAUUCAUGUUCGACGUUCUAUGCGAGGCAUAGUUCCACAAAGAAAAUACUCCACAUCCGAAUGGAUACUUGUUGCCAGCGAGGGGGAGCCAGCGAGCACCGCAGGAACGAGAGAAAUAAAGAAAAAGGUGGAGGGGGAGAUUUGUAGGUAUCUUCCACCUUCUUUCUUGGAAGUUGCCAAGAGACACCUUAACAUGGAGGCACCUUCUUGGAAAGAGCUCUCCAACAAAUAGGUGUGGGGGAAGAUAUGGAGAUAACUAGGAAGCUUGGAUGCAACUUCCUCAUGUCUCCAAACCAGCCCUAUAAAUAGAGUGCUCCAUUGUUGUUCAUAGUAUCAGUUUAGAAAGUGAGAAAAGUGUGUGAAGAGUGAAAUACACUUAGUGUAGAAGUGUAUUGGUGAGGAUUGGUUUUUUGUAAUAGUUGAGUGUGAGAGUUUGCUCCUCCUAUUGUAAUUCUGUUCUUGAUAUUGAAUAGAAGAAUUUUCCAAUCCCAACAGCUAUUGCCGGAAAGUGUACUUAUCAGGGGAAGUUCUUAAAUCGCAAAUAUUAAUUAGUUAGAGGACCGAAUUUGCAAGUGACUAAAAUUACGAGACUAAUAAUGAUAAAGGCCAAAAGUUACGGGAUGAAUAUUGCAAAUUUCCCUGCAUGAACAUGCAUGUAAAGACGACAUUGCGGUUCCAAUAAGUUCAUGUGCCGCAUUUACCCAUCUUGAUUGUGUUAAUUUUUCUUUUAAAAAGAUGAUUGUUCCUAUUUAGAAUUGUCCAAAUGAUCACAUAACUGGACGUAGAAUCAGAAUAUGCAUAUGAUCCAUCCAAAUUCAACACUGGUUGGCUCAACUUUGGAAAAUAUAUUUAAUUUUCACGUACACUUAGAGUAAUCAGGUCAAAAUUGGAACCGAGUCUAUCCCGCUCCCUUAGAAAAAGCUUUGGAUCCGCCACUAAUCUCAGACUACUGGUUUGAGGAGCAACAAAUCUACUCACAUGAGUAAUUCUUGUCGUAUACAAGAAAGAACCGUUUUUUAGGAGUUCAAUAGGUUAUCCAGAACAUAACCCGGAUUUAUGGGGUCCUGGAUUUUUUAAAAUUUAUUGUAUUAUAUAGUAAUCAGUAAAAUAUAGUAGUAAAGAAGAAAAAUAUAAAUUCAUCAUUUGUUUGUUGACCCUCUUACUCUUUUAGUUAUCUUUUAAUGAUUAUUCAAUUGAUUUGAUUAUACGUAUUUGGAUUGAGUUUUUUUAAAAUUGUUUUAUAUUAAUGCGGUCCGGGGCCUAGUUUUUACAUUUAGAACUGGAGCCUUCAAAUUCAUUAGAUGACCCUCACAAGAAGUAUACAUUUUUUGUACACUCAUUUGUCUACACGGGUAAUUAUAGACAAUCCAUACUAGCAUUAGUGUCCACACGAAUAAAUGUCCAUUUAGUACUCUCAACUCCUACCUCCACUCCCCUUUCACUACUCUUCGCUUCAGUUAACAUUUUUAUGUUCUAACCUAGAGAGAACCACAUAUGACAAAAAUUGUGUUGAGAUUAAACGAGGUUUAAUUUGAAUUUUUCUCAAUAAGAAGAAUGGAGAAGAGAAAACUGAAAGUAAGAGUGAAGAGUAUAAACGGGCAUUAAUUUGAUUUCACCCCAAUUUAUUUUAAUGAACAUCGUUGCUAGCUAGUUCGGAUUAUCGUGUGAAAACUCUAAGUACGGAGUACUACUGUAUUAUUAUUGUAGAAUCCUCAAAGAUAUGAAUUAUUCUUAUGAAUUUAACCAAAAAAUAACGUAAAACUUAACACAGCUAGCCCUCAGUUUAUUUUUAUACUCCACGGUGUAUUAGAGAUCUUGUAUACAAAUAGAAUAUUUGUACACCAUAAUAAGUAGUCCGUAUUCAAAAACCAUACGGAGUAUUUCAGUGUUUCAGGAGGCAGUAUACUGAUCGAGAGAAGACAAUAAAGCGAGGCAGAGGUAGCUAGCUAGCGAAAUAAAGAACAGAUGGCAGACUAUAGGGCUGGAUCGAUCAACAGAGCAGUAAAUGGCAGUAAUACGUAGCUACUUAAAAGGCAGAUUGGAUAGAGAGAUGACCUUUUAGCUACUGUACAUUUUUUUUGAUCGUACAAAAACAAGUAAUAUUCUUUGGUCCCAC